AAAUCUUAGACUACCCAUUCAAACUAAAACACAUCACCUGACACUUCAUCUAAGUUUCUACCUCUCAAGUUUCAAUUAACCAACCUAACCAACACCUUUCUGCUUAUUCCCGGUUGACUAACCGAAUCCAUACAAAAUUCGACUAGCCAAGCAACCUUCUUACGUAUCUUCUUUCUGUUUUUACUCUCACGGCAUAUAUAAUCUAUUUUUUUAGUUUGUUUUAAAAAGAGGGAUUUUUUUUCUUUUCUGGGGAUAGUUUAAUUAUAAUUUUUCACCCGACAUAUUUAAAAUUAUAAUAUUUAAUGAUAUUUUAAUAUGUUUGACAUAACUUUAAUAUAAAAUGACAAAUUCAAAAGUCUAUCUAUCUUCUUAAAUUUUAUGUCAAGUCAAAACAAAUUCUUUUUUAAAAGGAGGGAGUAUUACUUUCUUUUAGUAUCUGAUUACUAAUUCUAUGUAUACAUAGAGAGACAGUUGGGGAAUCUGUUAAAAGAAUAAGACCAAGACUCAGCCUUUUAGGGUGCAGAGAGAAGUGAUCAAGAAGCAAAUAUGGUGGGCAUUUUUUCUAGAUUUUCUGUAAGCAAAGUUGCCCAUCGUCGGACUCAAAGUGCACAUGAUGAAAGGGAAGUAUUUCCUCCAAAUUCAGAGGUGACAGGUGCUGCUGCUACUAUAUCUAGGUCUUCCUCUGUCACAUCUCAUGGUAUUGAAUUUGCGGUUGAGUUCAAGCCAGUUGAACACCCGCCUGAGCCUCUACAUAAUGAUGGACCAAUUCAAUGUCCGUUACCAGAACCGUCAGUACUAAAUGAUGGAAGAAUAUGGAAGGAGCGAGGGUCUUCUGUGCGAAUUAGAAGACCUGAUAUUCCAGUUAUGCAGGAAGGACGGGCUGCUGACUCUGAGGCAGCUCGAACAAUACCUAGACCUCCCAUGAAGAGGGUUAUUCUUCCAUCAAUGAGUGCACCUGAACAUAGUCUGCUUAAACUGCUGGAGGAAUCUGGUAUUUGUUGAUGGAUUGCUUAACUUUGUCGAGGCACUAUUGGCUAUUGCUAUAUCAAAGAAAGUUGACACCCUCAGCUUGCCUCUUCCGAAAGUUCCCCUUUUGUUUUUUCCAAUGAAAUGCUUGGUAUUAUGUUCUUCACUGUAAAAUUCCAACACAGUUGCAUGUAAAUUUCUAUAAUAAUGUUAGAAAGUCCUUUGUACAGUUUA